AUGAUCGGAACAGACGUACGUAGCUGGUUCGCACGCGUCUUCGGGGGCUGCCUGAAACGGAGUCACAAUGACGAAGCGUACGUCGACCGGGUCCACUGCGUGGGCAAGGACGGUACUAGGAGAUCGGCACUUACUCCUGUGUCAUGGAUCGGCAUAUCACCGAUUCGUCUUCAGCCUUGUACUCCCGCUGCCAAUAACCAAUCUGGUGCUCUAGAGGAUCCAAUGCUUUGGAGCGAGACCAACAGACUCGUCAACGCGGCUGCAGCUUGGCAGAUCCGCCGAGUGAUACCAGUUGACGUUGCUACUCUGAAUGACGUUGAACUGGAGAAGAUAACGACGCCGGAGCUGGCGUGGCGGUUCAAAACUUCUCCUGUCCUCAUGGUGCUGCGCGCAGACAACAAAUCUCUGCGUCAAUUACCUUCAGAGCAUCUGUCUACGGAAUCGUUUGAGAGGCUCACGCUGCUUGAGCGACGUGCAAUUCACAAUGUGCUCGCAGAGCGACCGAAUGGAUGGGGCAAAGCUCAACUUUCGCAAUACGCUGCACGAGAACGCGAGUUGGUUGCCGCUGCCAACGAGGAGGCUAGCAACGCGUUCUCCGGAAGCCGCCCAUGGGUCUAUGACUCAUGUUACAGUGUGAAGCUGCCGCGCGCUUACUCAGCGUACGCUCAAGAACCGCGCCAUUGGGACGAGUAGGGCACAAGUAGAUGUUCCUUGUAGUGACCAUUUUUGGUACCACAUAACACACUUACGCUGACAGAAAUGAGUAAAUAAAUGAAG